AUGGCUACUCUUGACUCCCUCAAGUGGGCUCUUAGGCAAAAUGCCACCGUGAGGGGGUCAUCCCCGAAGCAGCCAUUAUCAGACAUACAGAACGACACUGGGUUCAAUAUCUUACUACAGGGACCAGGGUGGAUGACGUACCAAGACUUUGUCAUUCCUCAACUUUUGGAGGUGCUAGCUCCCCUCUUCAGCUCGCGUAUCAAUAUCUCAGUAUUAGAAAUCGGACCUGGACCGAACAGCGUACUUGGGUAUCUGCCCGGUCGUCUGAGGAAAAGAAUCCGGAGAUAUGCGGCAUUUGAGCCCAAUGACCUGUUUGCUACAAGGAUGGAAAAAUGGCUUUGCUCGACAUUAGAGACGGAGUCACCGCUACCCUGUCUAGAAAGCCCACCUGAUGUCCAUCGAAUUCCAUUCGACAUUAACGGCAACGCAAAGAGUGAUACUCGUACGCGUGGUAGCGACGAAAAAUUCGACGUUAUCCUAUUCUGCCAUAGCAUGUAUGGCAUGAAGCCCAAGGCCAGGUUCAUCGAACGAGCGCUGGGAAUGCUGGUUGAGCAUCCCGAAGGCGGAAUGGUGGUGGUGUUUCAUCGCGACGGGACUUUACACCUCGACGGGUUAGUGUGCCAUCGAACGGCUUCUUUCCCUACCGGAGCCGUUUGUGUGGCAAAUGACGACAAGGUACUGGACUCUUUUGCUCCGUUCAUCGCGGGGUUCGUCAUGCAGGAUGCGGAGGCGGACAAGGCUAUCCGAGUUGAAUGGCGUAAGGUGUGUCGCGCCUUGGGUCGUCGCGACAAGAACCACCCAGAUCAUCUCGUAUUCAGCUCGCCAAACAUCAUGGUAGCCUUCAACAAACAUGCGACAACGUUACCGGAGCUGACGGCACAGGUGUCGUGGUUAGACGGGGAGAAAUGGGUUAAGAACUGGGAAGCUCGUCUACACCAUCCCGCCGCGGUCGCUAGGCCGACAGAGAUCCGACACGUCCAACAGUGCGUUCAAUGGGCUCUUAAACACGGGGUCAACCUGACAGUUGUUGGCGGAGGCCAUAGCGGUCACUGCCUUUAUCCCAGCGUCGUUUCGGUCGACAUGAGCGCCUUUGAUCAAGUACAUAUCCUCACAGCCGAGGAUGGACGAGAAUCUGGUUCCAAUUCUGCUCCCUGGGUCAUCGCCGAGGCUGGCUGUAAGACGGGAGAUAUUAUCUGCAAGGCCAUGGCGGCAGGCUUGACAGUGCCAUUAGGGGCACGCCCUAGCGUAGGCGCGGGCCUAUGGCUACAGGGCGGCAUCGGGCACCUAGCUAGGAUGCACGGGCUCGCGUGUGACUCCAUCGUCGGCGCCGUUAUGGUUAGCGUCGAGUCUGGCCAGCUUCUUUCCAUCGGCCGUGUACCAAGCCAACACCGGCCCGUCGGUGCUGUGCUCCCAGAGAACGGAAGUGAUCUGCUAUGGGCGAUAAAGGGUGCUGGAACCAACUUUGGCAUCGUAAUCAGCGUUACUUUCGAGGCGUAUGCGGCUCCGAUGUUCUCGAUUCGAAACUGGGUUUUCCAGCUGAGUGAUAAUCUCGAGGCGAGGCGCAAACUUAGUGAUUUCGAUGACUUGGUGGCAAGGAAGCUCCCCAAGAACUGUUCUGCAGACGCGUAUCUGUACUGGGACAUUGGCCAGCUGCAUUUUGGUGUAACCAUGUUUGAAUCUUCCACGACUGAACUCAUCUCUGAAACGCCUAUGUCGACACCCACGCCCGUAGAAACAAUUCUCGGGCCAGAAGACAAUUUACAGGUCGUGGACGGCGUCGGUUUGUUCGAUACCGAGAUGUACAUGUCCGGAAUGCAUGGGGGUCACGCCAAAAGCAAGACCUCAUCAUUCAAGCGAUGUUUAUUCCUAAAACGCAUUGGAGCAUUGAAUGUCGCCGAAAUCUUGGUGGCAGCCAUCGAGACUCGUCCCUCGCCACUCUCUUAUCUCCAUCUACUACAAGGUGGUGGAGCUAUUAGUGACGUUCCAGCCGAUGCGACUGCUUUCGGUUGUCGUGACUGGGACUUUGCAUGUGUGGUAACUGGCGUCUGGCCGCGCCAACAAGAUGGAACCGAGGUCGCUCGAGCUGCCGUGCAGUGGGUCUACAACGUCGCUAGCAACUUGCUGCCUGUAAGUAGUGGAGUUUACGGCGCAGACCUUGGACCGGACCCUAGAGACACCGCAUUGGCGGCUAAGGCCUUUGGGCCGAACCUGCCACGCCUGGCUCGCCUCAAGAGAAUAGCAGACCGGGGUAAUGUGCUAGCCUACGCCUGCCCGCUUCCAAAAGCGCCCACAGAACAGAAGCUCAUCAUUCUUGUCACGGGAGCAAGCGGCGCCGGCAAGGACCAUUGCGCUAACAUCUGGGUCUCCGUAUUCCAUGAAUGCACCCAGAAAAGAUUCAUGGCACGAGUAGUCAGCAUCAGCGAUGCGACUAAGAGAGAAUACGCGGCGGCCACUGGUGCCGACUUCAACCGUCUGCUUCUGGACCGGGAGUACAAAGAGCAGCACCGGCCAGCGUUGACCACGUACUUCCAGAGCCAGGUGCAGCAUCGGCCUCGGCUACCAGAGGAGCAUUUUCUAAAUGUUGUAUACGGCUCCGGGGAUGUAGACGUGCUGCUAAUCACCGGUGUGAGAGACGAGGCGCCAGUGGCAGCCUUCUCGCACUUGGUACCAGACAGCAGACUGCUCGAUGUUCGUGUCAAAGCUAACAAAGAGACGCGGCGUGCUCGCCGAGGCUACCAUGGCGGUGAUUCUGAUGGCGAUGACAACGCGAAUGGCGGACCAAAACCGAAGCCCUUGGACUACAGUCCCAGUCUCGUCUUCAACAAUGACGAGACCGGAAAUGAGAAAGCGAAAAUGUUUGCCGAAGACUACCUGCUUCCCUUCUUCGGUAAUGACCUUCAGCGACUGCGCAAGAUGGUGCGUCCAGUACCCGAAUUUCCGCGCCCCGGCGUUAAGUUCCAACAUGUGCUCAACAUCUCCCAGCAUCCGGGUGGGCUUGCCCUGUGCACCGGUCUACUACAUGCUCACUUCACGGGUGACUGGGCCAAAGUUGACAGGAUAGUAUGUUGCGAGGCUGGCGGCUUCAUCUAUGCGUCCGCGUUGGCCUCACAGGUCAACGUACCCUUGGCGCUGAUCCGCGAAGCCGGCAAGCUACCCCCACCCACCGUUUCCGUCCUCAAGAAUACGUCUCACAUCUCUUCGGCAUCCAAUUCAAAUGAGAAGAUGAUUGAGAUAGAACGGGAUUUGAUCCCUAGAGGCGCGUCGGUAGUAGUCGUGGAUGAUGUACUCUCCACAGGGAAUACACUUUGUGCGGUCCUACAGCUUUUGGGUGAAGUUGGUAUUGCUGAUGUCAGCAUCAUGGUUGUGGGUGAGUUCCCUGUUCAUCGUGGUCGACAACUGUUGUACCAGCGUGAGUUUGGCAUCAAUAUCCAAAGCCUUUUGGUCUUUGAUGGUGCAUAG